GUCCGCCAACCAUCUGGUAACGCCACGAACAGUUGUCAACAGUGGACGAGGAGGCAAAGGGAACUGCAGGGGUCAGUGAAAUAUAAUGUCGAGCGAUGAACUGUAUCGCAUCAAAUACUCAAGCUCGCGCUAUCAGCGCCACCACAGCGACGAGCGGGCGCCCUUGAAUGCCAGCUCCUUGCAGUGGCAGCGCCAACAAUACGGAUAUGAUAUGUCCUUUGAUGAGAUGAUGCGGCGGCGGCUCCAAGCGUCGCCAGCCUUCAUAGAUCGUCUGGAACAGGAGAUGGUGCUGACUGGUCACGAUGGCUGCGUGAACUGCUUGGAGUGGAGCAGUGACGGUCUGUUGCUGGCCUCGGGCUCAGAUGAUUUCAGAGUUAUGAUCUGGGACCCAUUCCGCAAGCAGCGCGUUCAUGUGAUAAACACUAAGCAUCUGGGCAACAUGUUCUCGGUCAAGUUUCUACCCAGGCACAACAACAGCAUUUUGGCUACGUGUGCGGCUGAUAAAUUCAUAUACGUCUAUGACAUCAAUCACGCGAAUGAGACGCUGUUUUCCUGUAACUGUCAUACGAUGAGGGCCAAGCGACUGGCAACCGCGCAGGACUCUCCGCACAUCUUUUGGUCCGCGGGAGAGGACGGUUGCAUCCUGCAGCUGGACAUGCGAGAGCCACAUCGCUGCCGUCCCGAGGAAGGCAAUGGAGUGCGCCUGCUUAGCCUGAGCAAUCAGGUUGAGGCGACCACAGAGGCAAAAUGCUUGGCCAUAAACCCUAGACGAACGGAGUACUUGGCUGUGGGAACCAACGAUCCCUUUGCCCGCAUCUAUGAUCGGCGCAAGUUGCCUACAAGUGGGGCCAAUGAAUCCGAAGGGUGCGUUUCGUACUAUGCUCCUGGACAGAUUGUGAAGGACAUCAGCAGGAACAUUGUCCACGAGUCGAGGGCCAUCACAUAUCUCUCAUUCAAUGCAAAUGGCACGGAAUUGCUUGUCAACAUGGGCUGUGAACACAUUUAUCGCUACGAUCUAAACAGUGCCGAGCCUCCUGUUUUCUACGAGCUGCCUGCCUACUCUGCCCAAGCCACACACGAAGAGGAGGAGUUCAAGACUCCUCACAAAAGCCGCUCCUUACCAUCUAGCAUAGAGGUGCAUAAGAAACUGGGCAAUGAGCACCUGGAAAAUGGAAAACUAGUGGCUGCUAUUGAGGCCUAUUCCGCUGCAUUGGCCAAGUAUCCGCGGGGCGAAGUUCUCUACCUGAACAGGGCUACGGCUCUGAUGCGACGUGGAUGGUUUGGGGACAUUUAUGCAGCACUACGGGAUUGUCAUGAGGCUCUUCGCUUGGAUCCCACCUAUGUUAAGGCUCAUUUUCGGCUGGCGCGUGCUCUGCUGGAGCUUCGUCGUCCACAGGAUGCGGAAAAGUGUCUUCAGGCGCUCAUCCAGCGAUUCCCCAGUUUUGCCAACAACCAUGGAGUCCUCAUGCUGCACAAGGACAUCAAGGAAAAUCGACGACAAUCGGAGCACACUGAUGCCCCAAAUCCAGAGCCAGUACUAGUUAACGAUGGCUCGCGCUAUCUUCGCCUGACCGACGAGGAAUACAAUCUGCGAUCCGCUGCCAAGGACUACAAACAUCGCUAUGUGGGUCAUUGCAAUAUCACCACGGACAUUAAGGAGGCCACCUAUCUGGGCGUUCAUGGCGAGUUCAUUGCCGCCGGCUCAGAUGAUGGCAAUUUCUACAUUUGGGAGGGCGACACGGGAAAAAUUCGAGCCGCCUAUCGUGCAGACAGCGCCAUUGUGAACUGCGUGCAGCCUCAUCCCAGUAUCUGCAUGUUGGCCACCAGCGGCAUUGACCACGACGUCAAGAUCUGGUCACCGUGCGCACCUAGCUCCGCUGAGCGGCCGAAUCUCAUCGAGGAUGUGACGCGCACGAUUGAGGAUAAUCAGCAAAAGAUGCGAACCGAUCCAUUUGAACUGAAUACACGUAAUGCGUAUUGCUUCAAUAACUAAGGAGAACUCUAGCGUAAUGUGAAGCUAGAUCAAAUCCCGCAAUCAAUGUCAUGGUAAUGCAUUGUGCUGCGAGAUGAUAUGAUCUGAAUCCAGCAAUAUAUAUCAAAUAAUAGUGUAAUUUAUUAUAAGGGAGCAUAUUUUUGUUAAUAUAAAAACGAAAUAUGAUAUACAGAGUGUACACGACGGCCCGACA